UCAGUUUGUUCAUUCAAGAUCGCAGAGAUGGAUGUGUUGAAUUGAUAUCAUACAUGUAAAUUGUUUUUAUUUUGUGAAGAAGUGAUUGUGGUUAACAAAAUGGGUUUAAAUUCUCACUUACAUUAAGCGUUUAUAGUGAUAUAGUUUAUAUAUUAUUUAUAACGGAUGUAAAUCGAAAUACUUUGUAGAGUGUGUAAUAAAUAGUGUAAUCAUCAUGCCGGGUCUUAUUGGUAUUGGUGAAUUUAUUGACGAAACUCGAGAGGAUUACAGUUCGCCAACUACUUCGACAUUCGUAUCGCGUAUGCCACAAUGCAAACAGACCAUUAACGCAUUGGAGGAGACCCUGGAUUUUGAUCGCGAUGGACUAACAAAGCUCAAAAAAGCAAUAAAAGCCAUACACAACUCAGGGAAUGCCCACGUGGAUAAUGAGAUGUACCUGUCCCGGGCGCUGGAGCGUCUCGGAGGAAACGCGCUCAGCAAAGAUUCGGAACCCGACAUAGGAGCCGCUUUUUUCAAAUUUGCGGUCGUCACCAAAGAACUGUCAGCACUCAUGAAGACACUGAUGCAAAAUAUAAACAAUAUAGUGAUGUUCCCUGUGGAUAGUCUCUUGAAGGGUGAUCUCAGAGGUGUGAAGGGGGACCUGAAGAGACCGUUCGAUAAGGCAUCCAAAGACUACGAGUCAAAGUACCUGAAGAUUGAGAAGGAAAAGAAGUCACAAGCGAAGGAAGCCGGCCUCAUAAGGAGUGAAGUCACAUCGGCUGAGAUAGCUGAUGAGAUGGAGAAAGAGAGAAGAUUGUUUCAGCUGCAAAUGUGUGAGUACCUGAUAAAGUUUAAUGAAAUAAAAACCAAGAAAGGCAUAGAACUGCUUCAGCACCUGGUGGAGUACUAUCACGCACAAACUAACUAUUUCCAAGAUGGUUUAAAGACUAUCGAACACUUCGGUGUGUACGUAGCGGAUCUUAGUGUUCAAUUGCAGAAGAUAAGACAGCAGCAAGACGACGAGCGAAGAAGAUUAUUGGAGUUGAGGAACAUGUUGAGAGCAGCUACACCGCAAGAUAGAGAAGCGGCGGCUGCAGUGGGCGGAUAUUCACUUCACCAAUUACAAGGUGACAAACAGCAUGGAGUCACACGGAGCGGUUAUCUUCUUAAAAAGUCGGAAGGUAAAGUUCGAAGGGUCUGGCAAAAGAGAAGAUGCAGAGUCACGGCUGAGGGUUUCUUGGACAUAUUCCACGCGGACGAGAAUAAAACUCCGGCCAGGGUCAAUCUGCUUACGUGCCAGAUAAAAGUGGCCUCGGAGGAUAAAAGGGCGUUUGAUCUAGUCUCAUAUAAUCGUACGUACCAUUUCCAAGCUGAAGAUGAGAACGAACAGCGUACUUGGACCUCGGUCCUCGUGAAUUGUAAGGAGGGAGCUCUGAUGAGGGCCUUCCACCAACAGGCUGGUGAGAGUAAUGACAAUGGACACUCACUACUCGAUCUCCAGAGAUCAAUCAUCAGAGCAGUGAGAGCUAUGCCAGGGAAUCAAGUCUGUGCUGACUGCGGUUCAACUAAUGAUCCCACGUGGUUGUCAACGAACUUUGGUGUGAUAGUGUGUAUAGAAUGUUCUGGAAGCCAUCGCGAACUCGGAGUACAUAUAUCAAGGAUACAAUCUCUGACACUGGACAGACUGAGCACCUCACAGUUGCUGAUAGCAAGGAACAUGGGCAACCAGACGUUCAAUGAAGUCAUGGAAAACACAUUGGAUGAAAGAGAUAAACUCACACCAGAGAGCACCAUGGAGGAGAGACUGAGGUUUAUACGGGAAAAGUACGUGUAUAGAGCGUGGGCGGGCAGGACUUGUAGAGAUGAAACAGAGAGGCUGUCGGAAGUGGAACACGCCGUUAACAACGGACACUUACAGAACUUACUCCAGGCUUAUGCUGAAGGCGCUGACUUGAGUUCAGCUCUGCCCGGUUCUGAUUGCGGUGAAACAGCGCUCCAUCUGGCGAUAUCUCGAGAAAUCGGCGACGGGUCAGGUCUGCACAUAGUGGAUUUUCUGAUCCAGAACGGCGGUUCACUGCUGGAUAAGACCACUUUAUCUGGGAUGACGGCAUUACACCUGUGUGCAGCAACGGACAGGGCGGAGGCCAUGAAAUUGCUGCUGAAAGCCGGUGCUGAUACCACGCCGAAAGAUAUCAAUGGAAGAACAGCUCUGUACAUCGCGAGACAACUUGGACACCACGCUUGUGUGGAAUUGUUGGAAAGCGUUGAUAAAAGGGAAAAGAGUAUAUUCGAAAAUAUUAAUAUUGAUUGGAAUUUGUCACACGACGAUGGCUCCACAGACUUCUCUGACGAUGACACUGUCAUCGAUGAAAGGCAAAACGGCAGCGUUACUCCGGAGAAAAAGUGUCCGCGUUCCCGCCCGCCGUCAUACGCUGGUACGUGUGGAGGCGACUCCCCUGUACUACGAUCAAGAUCCUCAACCUGCGACUCCCUCCACCACGCACCGCCAACCCCUACCACGCUACCGCGAAAACCCAACUAUAAUAUAGGCAGUUUAAAAAAGCGUGUCGCCCCCCUUCCCCCCGCGGUGUCCGUGUCUCACCCCCCCUCGCUGGCUGCUCUGCCAUCACACGCGAGAUCCACACCAUCGCCAUCCGCUGACAACACCAGGUCCAUACACGGGACCGGUGCAGCGCCGGCAGUGAAGCCGCGACCUCAACAGCCGCCGCCCACGCCGCCGCCCGUGUCACUGCACAACGGAGCCCAUAGGGACGAACCGACACCUCCGCCCAGGAAGAAGAAAAAUAGAUUGCACCUGGAAAAUGCUGUGAAAGGAAAACUUAAAAGGGAAUGUUCUAGUCAAGAUUCAUCGUUGGAGUUAUGUGAUAUAUCUGAUGGCUUGGACGACAGUAGGCUGCAGUCAUGUCUGUCGGACAGUUCUAGAUCUCGUGAGAGAACGAGACGCAGCGACAGGUCCCUAGAUGUGUCAGACACUUCCAGUCUUCACUCGAGGUCACCUUCCACUUCUAUAACUAUGUUUCAGAUGGGUGGAGGUAUGAGGAGGUGCCGAGCGCUAUACGACUGUUCUGCUGAUAAUGAGGACGAGCUGUCGUUCAGGGAGGGCGAGGUCAUAGUCGUCAUCAACGAACGAACCGAAGACGACAACUGGAUGGAGGGACAGGUCGAGGGGACCAGCCGCCGCGGCAUGUUCCCCGUCUCUUUCGUACACAUGCUGCCUGAUUAGUGCGAGCGAGACGGCUAUAUGUCCCUCAGUUCAUAUCAGUUAGAAAUGUGUUCAACCUUAACAGCUCAGUAGAUGUAUUGACUAAUGUUUCAUCUUCGCUCUUAUAACGUACGAUGUAAAGAGUUCUAGACCGUUUCUAUGUAUAGGGUCUUUUUGGUAGUAUUUUUUUAAAUGUUCAUUCCGAUUAAAUAAAAAAUAUAUAAAUAAUAGUAUGUUUGGCCUAAGCUUCGUCGUUCAUAUAGAGCUGUAGGCUUUUAUACUAUAGAAGGUUUUAUAAUAUACAUAUGUUUGAUUGCACAAGAUUUGUUCAAACGCAACAUGCUUCAGGACACACAGGGCCACAAUGUGAUAUACCAGCACAAAACAUUGUUUUUAUACAUGAAUUUUAAUAUAUAUAUAAAAAAGAUUUUAAACAUUUUAUCAUCUGUUUAUACAGUUUUAACAGAUUAAAAAAAUGUUUUACUAGUUGAUAAUAAGAUUCGAAGCGCUCACAACAGAUAAUGCUUUAGUCUUGUUAAGAAUCGUGCCACCAUUUUAUAAGUGCCAGGACAAACUCCGUCCCGAAACGGAUUUUCUUUUCGAUUAAUUGUUUUUUUUUUAAUAUUUUAAUUUGUAUAUAAUAUAUAUCUAAAAUCGUGUAAGAUACCACUUUGAUCUGACACCAAAUGCUCAAUGAAAGCAACGGUUUUAAGGCCAAUUCUCAAUAUUAAUAUCUAUAUAGAUUAUUGUAUUGUACAGCUCAGAUAGUGAUUGCCAAAAAAUAUAUAUAUAUGUGAUUCUGUAGUCGGAGUAAUAUAUUAUAUGAUCGACAAACUAUUGGACCAGUGAAUGUUUGUUGUGUAGUUGUUCAUGUAGUGACUAGAUUGUUGGUACAUGUUGUCUAGAUUUAUCUAAUGCAUCUAUAGGUCCUGCACGGUUGUAUUAUUUGAGAGAAUUGUUUCACAAUCUGACAAUAACAUAUGUUUAUGUAUAAUGGAAGGGAUUAUAUAAAUUCAGUAACAAUGAAGGCCUGUAGAUAGCAUCGAUACUAUUGUUAUUAAUAUAAAAUUUUAUCGAUUCAAAAACGCGUAUAAUUACUAAGUACCACAUUCCUGUGUAAUUUAAUUUUUUUUUUAAGUUCAAUAUACCUAUGUAGAAUAGUGAAACAUAACUUGUAUAGUUACCCUUAUUAAAGCGCGUUGCCAUAACCUAGUAUUAUUUUAUUUACGCCAAUUUAUUGAAAACUAAAACAACAUACAGUCUCAUUAUUAACAAACAGUUAUUUUUUAUUUAUUUAAAAUAUAAACUGAAUUUGUACAUAGAUGUUUCCUAAACAGAUAUAAUACGCUUUUCUAAUUUAUUAUAAACUAUUAUCGCUAUGAGAUUUGUUUAUUUCUCUUAAUAUAAAUAUAUAUAAAAAAAAAGAUAUUAAUGUAUUUAUUCAAUAGUGUAAAACUAAUGUGAUGAAUAUUUAAAUGCCAUUACAGUCAAUAUUUUAUUAAAUAUCAUAAUAUCAGUUAUUAAGUUUAAACAGAGUUCAUUUUCUUUGAACAAUAAUGUUUUGUGAUUAAUGAUUGAUUCAUCCAGAGAAGUAUGAUCGGUUCUGGGCCUAAUGUAUUUCUUGUUUAAAAACUAUGUAACCAAAUGAUGCUAAUAGCCAGUAAGAAGUUUUAUCUGUAUUGUAGUAUGAGUAUGGGAUGAAGUUGUAGUUGAGAUAGUUUUUUCUAUUGUGUAUAUUAUCUAAAUGAAAUCUGUAACAAUUUAUUAUUACAUCAUUUCGAUGUCUU